GCAGAAAAGCUAAGUCUUCUCAGGUUUUACAGAGCCCUAGAGUUCUUGUGAAUGCCCCAAAGCACCCAUCAUGAAUCAUGUGAUCUUCAUUUAAGAAGCUCUAGAUCUCGCUGUCCCACCUCCCACCUUGUUCAUCAAUAAAUACCAAAUUCAAGAAGAUCCCACUAUCCACUACUUGAGCAAUCCCACUCGUUAUUUUCCCGGCCACCGUCAAGCUUCUCAGUCCCCCCCCGCCCCCCAGUCGUUUUGCCUUCAAAAUUCUCAAACGUUCAAGGCACAGUAGUACAUAUGAAGAAUUUCUUCUUCUUCUUCUUCUUCUUCUUCAUCUCCUCCUUCAGUGCAACCACACUUGUCGUUUCUGUGCUUCUUGGGCUCACAGUGGGAGAUGCUACCGCUCGCGUUAUGCACUACGUUGAUGGACCACAUCGCUUGACAAGGGAUACCAAUUUGGCUUUGGAGGUGCAGCAUGAGGGGAAAAUGGAGAAAGGAGUAGCAGCAGCAGCAGUAUUAGAAGAUGAUCCCACCGGUUCAAGCCUCCCAGACUGCUCUCAUGCAUGUGGCGCUUGCUUUCCAUGCAAAAGAGUCACUGUCAGUUUCAAGUGUUCCACUACGGAACCAUGUCCCGUAGUUUACAGAUGUCUGUGCAAAGGAAGGUUUUUUCAUGUCCCUUCAACUUGAACCACAUGUACCAAAUCUUACUAAUAUGAACUACCUCUUUAUCUUUA